CCUAGUACCCACCGCGAAGUGUUUAUUAUUGUUAUGGCAUAAACAGGCAGCCGUACAUUCCUUACGCUGUACAGCUGACAGUCGGAGCAUAUCAACACACGGUUACCGAAACUCGAGCUACCUGGCACGCAGUGUUGGCCAUGACAGCACUCUACCGGCGUCUGUGUGUUGUUGUUUGCGUUCUGCUGGCGAAAGUCGCAUCUGCAGUGAGAGUAGACGUCGAGUGUAAAUGGGAACGAGAAAGUAAACAGCUGUAUUCAGUUUUCACGAUGGACCUAAAUAUCAGCACUAAACAUUUGAUCAGCCUGAGUGCCCACAAUGUCACUGUUCUGGAUGACAGUGGCAUUGUUACAAGUCAGUCUGGCAGUAUUACAGACCAAGCUGGAAUUCUAAGAGCAAGCCUCGACAUUGAAUGUAGUGAUGCCCAACAUAUUCGAUGCGAAUCAUUUGGAAUGGCUUACGACAAAACAUCAUUCAAUAACCUGACCAUCACACCGCACCUGGAAUUUAAUGUUGCUGCAAGAGGCGUUUCAGUCACACAGACGCCUUUAAAGGAGACCUACGGCGUAGGCGACGUCAUACUGCUCACGUGUUCUGCGGUGUUUGGGGUUAACAGAACAAGGCUACGAUGGAUGAUCAGUCACUCAAAUACACCAUCGACAGAUACACACGUUCCUGUUCCUGUUGACAGUCCUCAAGCAAAUAGUUUGACACUUGCAGACUGCUCCUUCCAUGUUGUCAGCAAAUAUGUACACGUGCCCACUGAACAUGGGGACAUAACUCUAACAUGUUUUGCUGAAAAUACAUCUGAGUCCACUUCUCUCACCAUCAGAAGUGGCAAUGAUAAUCACAGCACCCAUCUGUUUCUCUCGAGUAUGCUUGUGUACACGCAUUUCAUCAUCUUACCAUGCAUAUUUGCUCUGUUUGGUGACAAAGUAACUUUCCGAGAACCAGGGAAAGUGUGUAUGCGCAGAUUUCGGACUGCUAUCUCAUUUCUUGUUGGCCUCACAUUCUUCAUAUGGUGGAUGAUUGUACUCCGAGACCAUCAUCUCAGAUCAUUAGGUUAUUUCAUGUGUGCUGUGAUAGAAUUUAUCUUCAUAUUGGGCUACACCCUAACGAGGUUCUCUGCAAACUUGUCGAAGCGCUUCGAGAAAAAAUAUCAGAGAUAUUUGCACAACUUGAGAGUAGCCACUUCCUAUGGAGCCACCAUGACGCCGACUAUAUGCUGGAUCAUGAUAAAGUGUUAUGGAGGCACCAGCAUCAUAGGACUUGAGAUCUUUUUCUGGAUGGUGACGAUCGGAUGUUUUACCGGAUUUGUUUGCGUCUCAAAGAGUCGAGAGGGAAAGUAUUGGGAGAUAAAAUAUUACUGACGUGCAUGAAGUUGAAAUUUGAUAAAGUGAUGUGGCUGUGAAUGGCAUGUGAAUGCAUGGACAAAGUCAGAUUAUUACUGAAUAUAGUCACAGAAGGAUGUCUUCUCUCUAACUGUAUUUAAGGUACCUUGUCGUCAAUAAAGUGUAAAGUACCUGAAAAC